CANUACCAUACCAACGAUAUCGCCAUCCUCAUCAAAACCCUUGACUACCAUACCAACGAUAUCGCCAUCCUCACCAACCAACAAACAUGGUUUCGUAGAGGCCUCCAUGGACAACAACAAACCUGCGGUUAAUGACCCUGCUCUUACCAUUGGUCUAGUGGUUGGACUACUGGUGUUACUUGUAAUUGCAAUCAUAUUGAUUAUCCUCAUAAGGAGGAGACGAACGCCACAAAGAUUAGAAAUUCUUUACAAUGUCAAAAGCGAGUCGAAUAAGAUGGUAAACGGGGCAGCAAUAUUGAUCAAGAACCCCGAUAUCAAGAACCGCAGCGAGUAUAAACAUUUUGAAAACAUCAACUACGAUCCAGCUGAUCCUAACGAACCACAAACACCUCCACAAGAACCCGACGACGACGACUCUAUAGAUCAUGACGAGACCACACCAGUUAUUCCUAAGGGAAAUAUCGACAUCGUGUAAUAACCACAUAAAACCACAGGCAUACCACUCAUGGAUACGUCUGUUCAACAGGAGAGUAGAAUCACAGGUGUGAUGUAAUAUUAAGCGAUAGACGGGGAUGCCAAUUUGUUCGAGACCUCAGAUCUUGGAUAACAUUGGCGAAGAUGUUUGGGGCGGACAAGUGGAUCUCUCCAAUUUAGGUAUUCUAGUUAAGUUAAUAAUUUUUUGUUUAUAAAUUUUUGGUGACACAGAGGGAAUGAGAUAUGAACGCGGAGAAACCUUCCCUCCUACGCAGACGUUCUUAUAGUUAGUGGGGAGAGAAACAUCGCGUCACAGACACUAAGAACGUCUGCAUAGGAGGCUAGGAGAACCAUACAGAAAAUGAUACGAGAUUAUGGUUCUAAUAUUUCAAGUUCCAACGCCUUGGAAUCCAGUUUCCGCGUUUGUCUCUCUUUUCUCUCCUAGAAGCUACGGAAUAUAAGUAUUCAAAAGACAAAGGUACUAAUAUAUCGAGAUAAGAAUAUUCUCAUAUUUUGUGAUCCAUUAGAAUAUCUUUCAUUGCAUUUAGAAACUAGGUUGUAAAUACUACUUAAUACAUCAUUACUACUUAAUACAGCAUUACAGAGCUUUCCCCCCUUGAAGUAAAAAUAGCAUAUGUCAGGUCCCUCGCUUUGCGUGCAAAAAAUUUAUCCCCCUCAAAAAAGACAAAAAAUCCAGACUUAAAAAAACAAGUUCUAGUUUUGAGAGCUUCGUGAUGAGUCGCUGGAGAAAAACGAAAAUAAUAAAUUAAUUAUAGUUAUCAUA